CAGUAUACAAGAUGGAUCAUCUCCCAGGUUGCUACCUGACCACAUUUAACAUGAGUGACAGAGAUAACUACAGAAGCAACGGCCAACAACAGUUAUCUGUUGAGGUAACACACACCUCCAAGCAGCGCUACUCAGUGACGGACACAAUCGUUAAUAGGGCGGUGCUGGGACCGCAGGCGGCCACCAUGUGCGCCGAAAGAGAUCUUUACAUGCUCCGACAACAAACAAAUUCCACGAACGACGGUCGGCUAGUUAAGAGAAAGAGUUCGUGGUCAGUUUCCGCCACCUUUUGUUGUUGCGGAUACUGCCUUCGGGUUACAGUUAGUAGCAACUAGCAGUAAUAAUAGUGAAAGAAGAGUUCUUUUGUGAAUUAAAAAAAACAACAACAACAGAGUUUCGAAUUUGAUAACGUUCCGUAAUAUAUAUGCACGUAGUCUAUAUCACGUGUUUUUUGACGCCACAUGUCAGCAGAAAUUUGAUGUUUUUUUCGGAUAAACUUCAGCCGGUGCUGCUUCCAGUAUGUCGUGUUUGCAUAAAUGUGAGAAAAACCUUUAAAUCUGAAUGCAGAACUUCAUACAGUGACUGCCAUUGAUCCAUGUUAUGUUAUAUAAUGUUCACGAUAGGUACUUAAGUCAUUUGUUUUAACAUUAUUAAAUGUUAUAUGCUUAAGCUACUUUUUGUGCACAACGUCAUUCAGGUAUGGGUGCUUAGUACAAGUUUAGAAUAGUAUGUCAGUGUUGGAGAAUAAUUGUUUAAGAUAUAUUUAUCUUUCGUUCUAAUCCUGUUCUAGAUUGUACAUGUGUUUUCUGUUUGUCUUUAUGUUAUGUGUAUAUACGCUGAUGAAUAAAAUAUGUUUAAACUAA